AUGGAUCCGCUGUGGCCGGACGAGGCAGAGGUGCCACGCCGCACCAUUGUGAGCUACUUGUUUGCACACGGUGAUCAAGCACUCACGCGACGUAUCAAGUAUACCGAAGAUAUCAGUGCCAUUGUCACUGAAACACAAACAGAGCACGAAAAGGACUAUGACCAAGAGAUCGUGCAGGAGCCCAUCCACGCCACAAAUGAACCCACCACGGAGACGGUCAAGUACAAGGCAGAUACGCUGGAUGAUGGUAUGCUGGAGGGCGUGAAUGGAGCUUAUACCGACAACCAACCGAAGCCAUUCCCACGCACGUUGGGCUUUUUCGGCGCGUUUUUCAACAUGAUUGCCUACGCCAUUGCGCUGGGUAUUUUGAGUAUCCCAGUGAUUGUUGCUACAAUUGGUAUUGUGCCGUUUAUCCUCGUGACGAUCUUCUUCUGUGCCUUGUCAUACUACAUUGGUUACAUGUACUGGCGUCUUGGCAUGACUUUCCCUGGUGUGCACAACCUGCAGCAAGCUGGUGAUCUCAUGUAUGGCAAGACAGGUGCAACGUUCUUUGUUGUGGCGCAGUUCAUUUUUAGUGUGUUCUUGCAGGGCAACCACGCGCUGCUAGGCGGCUAUGCGUUCUGGUACCUCGGAUGGCGCUCCUGCAUGGUGGUUAUGGUCGUCGUGUUCGCCAUUAUUUCGUUCAUCGUCAGUCUUCCGCGCUCGUACAAGCUGUUCACGGCAUUUGCCGCUAUCUCGUUCACAUCGAUCAUGACGGUCGUUAUCAUUGCGAUGAUUGCUAGUGGCGUCUCCGGUCCUGCGAAUAGCAAACCCGGCGACCCACCCAAGCGUGUGUUGGCCUUUGGUGCAACACCCAAGUAUGACCCAGACUUUUUGGAUGGCAUGCUGGGUGUGAUGAACAUCUUUAUCAGUUUCGGCUCGAUACCUGCGUACCUGCCCGUCAUGGCCGAAAUGAAGGACCCCCGUCUCUUCCUUCGCAGUCUUACACUCUUGAUGAGCUGCUCGUUGGUCUUGUACCUCAUUGUCGGUACAAUUAUGAACUACAACCUGGGUCAAUAUGUGACCUCGCCGUCGCUUGGUAGCUUGACGACCAUCAUGAUCAAGAUCUGUUAUGGUCUGGCGCUGCCGACAAUCCUUGUAGCUGGUUGUGCAAUUGCACAGCCCACGGCCAAGAUGUUUAUGAUCAAUGUCUUUAACAGUCAGCGUCGUCACCUGCUCAACAACGACCGUGUUGUAUGGAUUGUAUGGAUCGUGAUCAACGUGAUUACUUGGGCCAUUGCGUUCGUCCUGGCCGAAGUCAUUCCAUUCUUUAGCAGUCUGCUGGCUCUCUCCUCAGCGCUCUUCUGGAGUGUCUUUUUCCUUGUCGCACCAUUAUCCUAUCUGUACCGCCACCAAUACAACUAUUGGGGCUCAUGGCGGAACAGAGUGGGUUUCCUCGUGGCCUUGGCAGGUAUUGGUCUUGGCUUCUUUUUCAUAAUUGCCGGUACAUGGGCCGCCGCUAUUUCUAUUCGAGACCAGUAUACGUCAGGCAACGUUACAGCACCAUUCUCCUGCGAAAUUCCCCAGUAA